CCUGCCGCCCCCGUCUGCCCCGCCGCCGGCCGCCCGCGCUCGUCGCCACUGGGGCUCGCCACCCCCCCCCUCCCCCCUCCCCCCACCGCACGCAGGCCGCAGAGCUCGCAGCUCGCGCAGGGCCGCAGGCAGGCUCCGGCCGCCAGCCACCAGCCGCGCGCGGCGCGCCCACUCCGCACAGCGCGCAGGCCGCAGGGGCGCCGCCGCGCUGCGCAGGCUGCAGGCGCAGGCCGCCCAGGGGGCAGGGCGCACGCGCACCGAGCAAGAGCCAAGAAGCCAGCCGCCAGUCUGCUACUGAACCAAGGGCUUCAAGAAGGCGCUGCUUCUGCAAGCAUGAGUGCCAUGAAGUUUUGCCGCGAGUGCAACAACAUCCUGUACCCCAAGGAGGACAGGGACAGGCGCACCCUCUUCUUUGCAUGUCGCAACUGCGAGCACCAGGAGGUCUCUGACAAUAACUGCGUCUAUCGGAACGAGGUGCACCACACUGCUGGGGAGCGAACACAGGUCUUGCAGGAUGUUGCUUCUGACCCAACUCUUCCCAGAACCAAGACCGUCCGCUGCACUCUGUGUGGGCACGGAGAGGCUGUUUUCUUCCAGGCUACGGCAAGAGGGGAGGAGGGGAUGACCCUGUUCUUUGUGUGUUGCAGCCCUGAUUGCGGUCACCGGUGGAGGGAAUGAUGCGCAGAAUACAUAUCUGUGGAUUCUGUGCCCUUAAUGUAGCAUGCUUUGGAACUUCUUCUAAUCGCUAUCCCCGUUAGAGUUUGAAACUGAACUUGUAGAACUUGGCCUGUGAUUUUCUUGGAACAUACUUACAAGUCUUCACUUAUCCUAGGGUUAAUGAGAGAAUGCUUAUCCAUUAUUACUUCUAUGUGAUAUGUAGCUGCACGGCAUGGUUGCAUUGUACUUUGA